AUGCGAGCUGCAGGGCUGGAACAAGCCCGGAACCCUGGCUCCCGGCGAAUCGUCUCGGAGUUCCUCAAAGAUGCCACGAUUGGCAAGAAGCGUCUUGCCAGCAUGCCAGAUCGUGUCACCAACACGAUCGAGCUGGUCUCGGGGGACAGGGCCUACAGGCCGACAGUCAUCAACUGCUUUCCAGAUGAACUGGGAUCGAUGCAGGCAUGGUUCAGCAAGUGGAUUGACUUUUUCUUCCACACCGAUGUGAACGUGGACGGGAAGGGUCCAAAGAAGCUCGGAUGA